AUGAUCACCUCAUUCCUCAAGUACUCGGCACUGGUGUCUAUCAGUUUGAUAGCGGCCGCAGAGCUGCAAGUGCUGCUAGAUGCGUAUCUCAAUCGGACCUUUGUGGAAACAGGAGCCAAAGUCGACAAGAAACUGGCGGUCCAGGAUGGAGACAUGACGAGUGAAGAGGUGUACACAAAGAUGGGAGUCAACGUGGAGAGCGACCACGAGGACGAGGAAGGCGACGGGUACGAGUCUCGAGACCACAUGGACUCGUCACCCUGGCAGCGGCCAAGUAUCAGUGGUAACGAAGCAUACCAAAGGGGUGCUAAAAAGUUGCAUGACCAGUUUUUGGAUGAGCUGAAGACCCGACAGAAUUCUGAAACAUGCUCGGAGGAGCGAACCAAUGCCCUGUUUUCAGCCCUGACCCGGCUGGUGGACAAGUACCGAACUAGACCGAUGAUUCAUCAUGCUGCAUCUAAUGUGGAUCACCCUGCAUCUGGAGUGAAGUGUGUGGCUUGCAACCAGACCGUCUUGCUACAGCGGGACCGCCAUUACGUCUGCGUGCACUGUCCCAGUGGUCAGAACGUCAUUUGCAUAUUCUGUGAGGGUCGUGAGAUGCAUCCAGAGUCACACAUGCUGUACAAAAUGGACAAAUCCAUCGGAAGCAUGCGGUCUCUCUUGUACUAUGCAGAGACACAUCCAGCAUGGACGACCAAGAUCGAGGACGAUUUCUCGGCUCCUGAUCCAGAGGAAUUUGUCGAUAGAGACCUGCUGGCGGAAUGUGCCCCGAUGAGCCAGGAACGACUCGAGUUCAUGUUCGAGCAAUUCAUGGGGUGGUGCGAUAUUCGCUCCAACGAGCCCCGGAAGCUUAACAUGUCAUUGGAUCGGUACAGGGAGCUUCUGAAACUGGACGACCCUUACCUGCUGUCUCUGUUGGAACAGCACUUCACUCAGCCAGUCUCAUUCUCUGCCUACGUGAAGUUCGUGCUGUCCGUCUUAUCUGCGCCCUCCAAGGCUCUGAUUGAUAUCUGCUACGAUAUGAUCACUCAAAAGGACGAGUCAUAUGUCACUAUGGCUUCUGUCAAGGCCGCUGUGUGGCAGUACUACCUGUGGGCCCAGAAGAUGGCCAAUGAAGCAAUUACUAUUGAAGAAUUGCGACAAAAGCAACAAGAGAUGCGAAAUGGCUACACAGACAAAACAAAGCUGUAUGAGAGAUUGGGAGCUCUUAGUAAUACCCAGGGACCUAAGACGUUCAGUUCACUGGCCAACGGCAAACAGAUCACGGACUUCCCUCGGAAACACGAAAACUUGCUCAUCAACGUCCCUGUUGUCUCAGACAGACCUGACCUGUCCUCCAACGCCAUGCUCAUUGCCGAACAGUCCAUCAACGAGAUGAUUGUUAAGGCUUUUGAAGAGGCCGGGUUCAACGAGUUUUCUCUGCUGACCAAGCGCGACUUCGUCAAGCUGGCGGGCUACCCUGGCCCCAACUUCCAAUCCUGGCUCUUCAAUUGGUUGGAGGCAUAUAUUAUUUAA